AAAAUUCAUUUAAAAACUCAGAGAAUCAAAUUUUGUAUUUUGUAUUUGUGUUUUGUUUCAAUAAAAAAUUCUUAUGUAAUAAUAUGCUUCCACCUCCAAUUGACCAAUUUUCAAGUUAUGAUGAACUUCUUGCUCAUGUUUUAACUCAAGGAUAUGCUGCAACCAUAAAAAGAACACAAACUGAUGCAAAUGGUGAAGAAAACAACAGUGCAACAUUCAAUCUCUAUUUCAGGAUUAAUUCACGAAGUUGGUUGUGUUGUGAUAAAUACUCUUCAUUGAUCAUGAUGUGA